AUGCCAAAAGGUCAAUUUCUUGGAGUCCCUAGCCUGAAUGGUGAGGUCACUGCACUCGUGGUUGACGACGACAAGGUGAGCCAAAUGAUUCACCACCAGCUCCUGAAAAUCCUUGGAAUCGAGAACCAUGUUGUUGGAAACGUGAAAGAAGCUGUUGAGAUCCACUCUUCGGGAAAGAAAUUCAUCCUCAUUCUCAUGGAUAGGGACAGGCCUGUCAUGAACGGCAUAGAGAAACUGCGAGAUAUGGGCGUUAGGAGCACGAUAUCUGGUGUUUCAUCUCACUCAUUGUCCGAAGAGAGGCAAGAAUUCAUUGAUGCAGGUCUUGAUGACUAUCAUGAGAAGCCUUUGACAAAUGCUCCUCUCUGUUGUCGGAAAGAUCAAGUACAAGGCGUGAAACUUCGUGGCGUUGCUGAUCAACCAUUGUUCCUUCGAGAUGCUGCUGUCGUUAGAUAG